GAUCGCCGCAUUCUAUCUUUCGCUUCUGAUUCCGUCACAUUCACCAACAAACAUGUCGUCAAAGAUCCCUUCCACCAUGCGCGCGGUGGUGAGCGCGGAGGGCAAAUCAGUUACGGUCAAGGAGGUCCCGGUACCCAAGCUCGGCGAAGGCGAGAUCCUCGUGAAGGUUGCCGCCGUCGCUCAGAACCCCACGGACUGGAAGCACGCCGAGUUCGUGCCUCCGGGGCGUAUCCUCGGCGUCGACUUCGCUGGUACGAUCGUGCAGGUCGGGCCGGGCGUACAGGGCUGGCAAAUCGGCGAGCGUGUGGCCGGGUUCGAGCACGGUGGGCAGUGGGAGGAUCGGGGCAGCUUCGCAGAGUAUCUGAAAGCGCAGGCGGGCCUGGUAUGGAAGAUCCCCGAGGGUACCUCGUUUGAAGAAGCCUCAACGAUGAACUGCGGCCUUUGGACCGCUAUCCAGGCGCUGUAUCACCCCACGCGUCUCGGUUUGGUGGGCCAUCCAGAUACAGUGCCAGGCCCCGAUGCCCCAUGGGUGCUCAUCUACUCCGGUGCGACGUCCGUCGGCCAGUAUGCUAUCCAGCUUGCGCACGCUUCGGGAUACCGUGUGGUCACCACCGCGUCUGCGACCAACUUUGAGUACGUCAAGUCGCUGGGCGCGGACGCUGCAGUCGACUACAACCACCCCGACGCCGCCGACAAGAUCAAGGAGAUCACCGGCGACUCCCUCUCGUUUGGCUUGGACACGUUCUCGACGGCACAGACACAGGAGACGGCUGUGAAGGCGUUCGGAUCGAAGGGGGGCAAGCUCAUCGUGAUCCUUCCACCGCAAGAGAGCGCCAGGGCAUUACGACCAGACGUAGAGAUCAAGGGCACCCUGCUCUAUACGGUGCUAGGCCGCGCAUUCGCUCGUCCGAACGGCGUCGAAACGCCCGCAGCGCCUGAGGAUCGCGAUCACAUGUCGAGCUGGAUGCCGAAGAUAACAGAAAUGGUUGGCUCUGGUAAGAUCAAGGCCAAUCCGGUCAAGAUUUGGCCAGGAGGGUUGGACGCAAUCAAGGACGGGUUCGAGUACAUGAAAGCGGGAAAGGUCCGCGCGGAGAAGAUUGUCUAUCAGAUUUUAUGAAUGCUGGAUCCUGUCGGCCUCCAACCAGCAAUGUAUCAAACACAUUUCGCGCAGUACGCGUGAGGCGUGGCGAUU